UAGUGCCGGCCUCGGGCCGCCGCGGCCAGUGGAGGUUGGCGGAGUUCAGACUUUCAACGAGCAUUUAAUGGGAGAUGUCAUCUGGGCUUACAGAAGAACAGAAAAGGAAGAUUGAGGAGAACAGGCAGAAGGCUUUGGCAAGGAGAGCAGAGCGACUGGCAGCUCAGCAGGGUGCUGCUGCUAAGAAGUUGCCUGACCUGAACAGUCUUAAAAGCUGUCAAGGAAAUUUUAAGCAGCCUUUGAAUAGAGAAAUCCAUCAUGCCAGGCUUGAUACUCAUCACCUCCAGGACUCCAGCAGCAACCAUGGUGCACAGAAGAGCUUUCAAAUGGAGAGUAGUCACUGGAACCCAUCCCAAGCAGCAGCCAUGCUACACAGCAUGCAGCAGAAGAAUUAUCCAGAGGGCUCUAGUCAAGAUUUAGUUAGCCAGCCUAGUCGCAUUGAGUGGUCCUCAUCAGUGGUGCAGGAUUCCUUGAGUUACCCUUAUUCACCUUCUUCAGAUCUGCAGUCUCAUUCUAAUUUGUUGCAUCCACCUAAGUAUUGUGCUGCAGCCCCAGAACAGUGUCAUUCUAGGCUUGGUGGUAAUGGGGACCCUGAGACUACUAAAGAUCUACAAACCUCAAACAUAUCCACCAGUGGACGUGAUGGCAUCAAACAUGCGCUACUGUCAAAUACCACCAACAAUACUACAGAUGGUUGUGAAAAGCUGGGAACUGCUAGAAAUCCAGACUCUGAACUCUUUUCCAAAAAACAAAGUAGUAGCAUAUUGCAGUUCUGUGUUACAAAAAAUCCAUUGGAGGCCAGAGGACAGAAUUCAGCAGUAGCUGGGAGUACAGGAAACUUCUUGGCAACACCUGUACAGAGAAAAGCACACAGUAUCCUCAAAGGAAAAUGUGUGAAGCACUCUGAAGACCGAUUCCAGGUUAACAUAGGGUACAAUGCAAAGCUUAUUGAAAUGUUCAGGAGCUUACCAAGCAAAAAAUAUGAUCCUGCAACAAAGAUGUGGAAUUUCAGUCUAGAAGAUUACAACCAACUCAUGGAAGCAGUGGAGCAAAUUUCCUGUAUUACUUUGUCACCCCUGGAAGGAAUGGAAGCAGCCCUCAAGACCACUAUGCCAUCUUCAGUUUGUAAAGAUCCUUACUUGACAUCCCUCUUGCAGUCAUGCACUGGUUGGAAAAAACUGUCAGCCUCUGUCAGGGGGAAGUGUGUACUGAUAUCAUGUUCUCGCUUUGAAGUAGAUAUUGGCUAUGCUGCCAGCCUUAUAGGAGUGUUCAAGCAGGUGACUUCUAGAAAUUAUGACAUGAAGACAAGAAAAUGGAAUUUCCUUCUGGAGGACUACCUCAAUCUAAUUGAACUGGUAAAAAGCCUUCCAGGUGUGGAGGUAGAGCCACUGCCCAAGCCCUUAAUACAGACCUUUGCUGCUCAGUUUGAGAAAUCCUUUCCAAAGACUGCAGACAUCCCUGAAGCAGAUCUUUCAGGCGUGGAUCCGAAAGUUGUGUCAAGCCUGAUGCCAUUUCAGAGAGAAGGUGUGAAUUUUGCCAUUUCCCGAGAAGGCCGCUUGCUCCUUGCUGAUGACAUGGGUUUAGGGAAGACUAUCCAGGCAAUCUGUAUUGCUGCAUAUUAUCGAAAGGAGUGGCCACUGCUGGUGAUAGCCCCUUCUUCGGUGCGAUUUACCUGGGCAGAGGCUUUCCGCAGGUGGCUUCCUUCCUUGAGUCCUGAUAGCAUCAGUGUCAUAGCAACGAGCAAAGACCAUCUGUUGGCAAGACUGAUAAAUGUUGUCAGUUUUGACCUUCUCAGCAAAAUGGAAAGGCAGCUCAAAACCACCCUGCAAGUUGUGAUUGUUGAUGAGUCCCAUUUUCUGAAGAAUGUCAAAACUGCUCGAUGCCAAGCCACAUUGCCUCUCCUGAAGGCAGCCAAGCGAGUCAUCUUGUUGUCGGGAACCCCUGCCAUGUCACGCCCUGCAGAGCUGUAUACUCAGAUGGCAGCUGUCCGACCGUCCUUCUUCCCACAGUUCCACUCCUUUGCACUCCGCUACUGUGAUGCUAAGAAGAAGCCAUGGGGAUGGGAUUACUCUGGAUCAUCCAAUCUUGGUGAGCUGAAGCUUCUGCUGGAAGAAUCCAUCAUGAUCCGCCGCCUGAAGUCAAAAGUGCUUUCCCAGCUCCCCUCAAAGCAGCGCAGAGUGGUGGUGGUGGCGCCGGAAGGCAUUAAUGCAAGGACCAAGGCUGAACUGGCAGAGGCUGCAAAGCAAAUGACCAGGGGCUACAAGAGUAAACAAGAAGAGAAGGAAGCUCUCAUUCUCUUUUAUAACAGGACUGCAGAAGCCAAAAUCCGCUGUAUCACAGAAUAUAUCCUAUAUUUAUUGGAAAGUGGAAGAGAAAAAUUUCUGGUGUUCGCUCAUCACAAGCUCAUUCUGGAUGCAAUUAGUGAGGAGCUGCAGAAAAAGCACACUGGGUACAUUCGCAUUGAUGGCUCAACCCCCUCAGCUGAACGUCAGUCUCUGUGCCAAGAGUUCCAGUUUUCUGAGAAGUACCCUGUGGCUAUCCUCUCCCUCACAGCAGCUAACAUGGGGCUCACCUUCUCCUCUGCUGAUCUGGUUGUGUUUGCAGAGCUGUUCUGGAACCCUGGGGUUUUGUUGCAAGCAGAAGAUCGGGCACACCGAAUUGGGCAAACGAGCUCUGUUGAUAUUCAUUACCUGGUAGCAAAAGGCACAGCUGAUGACUACUUAUGGCCUAUGAUUCAAGAGAAGAUCAAAGUGUUGGGUGAAGCUGGCCUUUCCGAAGCUAAUUUCUCUGAGACAGCUGAAGCCAUGGAUUACUUCUACAAGCAUAAUCCAAAGCAGCAGACCAUCUUAAACCUUUUCCAGAGGAACUUCUCUGAAGAUGCAGAUGGCAUGGAUGAAGUCCUGCUUGCAGAAGCAAUGGAAGCAUCAGAAGACUUUGGGCCAUAGCCUUCCCUGGGGAAAGUGGGAGAACUCUUCCCAACAAGUCCAUGCAAACAAUGGUGGAUUGAUGAUUAUUUUUGCAGCCAGUAAUGUGCUUGCUUAGUUUUUGUUCAA